GUUUUGAAUAAAUUUGUUUAUAAAAAUUUACAUAAUUCAAUUGGAUACAAAAAUAUUUCAGUGUCAAAAAAAGUUAAAGAAAAAAAAUUCCAUUAAAGAAUGAAAAUUUAUCCUCACAAUGAGUGAAUCACAUGACGCCGUAUUCUUUACGCGCAAUUGAAUCACAUUCAGCUGAAAAACAGUGAUUAAGUGAAUGAAAAUAAAUUUAAAUUAAAUCGAUUCCGUGGUGUUACGACGAGAGAGAUUAUAAGACAUUCAAUAGAGCAAAUUAUAUCCAAGAAGAAGAAGAACAGAAAGAAGUGCAAAAAUGUGCAAAUGCUGUCAAUUAUGCUUAGAGGAUAUCUACUGGCAGUGCUGCGAGGAAAAAUAUUGUUACGACAAAACCAUUGCAAAUUAUGAUCCAACUGAAGAUGAAAAUUAUCGUCGCUCUAAUGGACACGUUGCUAAUGGAGGUGAAUAUUUAAAUAAUAACAAUGAACCCAUCACAGUACAGCCAUCAAGAUUGCAGAGGAAUAUCUCUAUUAAUAGCGCCAAAAUUCACGAAGACGACGUUCGUCGAGAAAUCCAAACAGCAAAUGUAAAUCUACCGCCCGAGAUAAUUCAAGUUUUUGCCAAUUCACAAAUCUUUCAUGACCAUAAACCAUUAAAGUCAAAGCAGCAGCAACAGCUACCAGCCACGUUUUCAAUUGGUGUUGUAAAAAUUGAAAAACCCAAAUUAGAGCAAAUCAAUGAAGAGGGUAGCAACAAACUCCUGCUGAGAUUGGAGCAAGCAGACGAAAGCUCAUCGAAAUCCGACAUUCAACGUACGAAACGUGCUGCAGUGUCAUCAACCCCACCAAAAAUAGUCGAAACACCUGCGAUAAAAGAGGAAGAGAACGAGGAUGAGGCAGAUUCGGAAGUGAUUUUGCGACCGAAUCGUUUAAAAUCUACAACAACAACAAUACAAGCAUCAGCGGAGGAAGUAUGGUCAGUAAAGCCGGUAAAUAAACGACUUCAACUAGAUGCUCCGUAUUUCACACAACGUCCAGCAUCUGAAAAUGACAUUUCAAUAAUUUCUCCACAAAAACAAGAAAGAACGUCCACAAUACCGACUGUUUCAUCCUCAUCGGAUUACGAUUUCCGUUUCUCAAUGACUCCCGAAGUGCCAUCAAUAUCAUUUGCACAUUUGCCAAAGAACUAUCUCGACACGCCAUCAAUUGAGAAAUUUAAGAAGCAUGAGCCGACUCUACAGGAAAUACAGACGGCUGGAUUGCAAAGUUCUCAAAUUGACUUCUCAAUGCCACGGUAUUAUGGUAAAUCCGAUAUAAUAUUGAACCGUACAAACUUUGAUGUCAUUGGCAGCGGAUCAAACUCGUCAAUUGCAUCAGCUGUUUCCGUUUCAAUGCACACGAAAAAGUUAGUCGAUAAGAGUAAAAGACUUAAGCACAUAAGGGCACAUUUACCUCCUCUCAUGAUCCAUAAAGAUAAAAAUGAAAAGGAAAAAUGAUGAUUUACUUAUUUUUUCUGUUGAUUGAGCGAUUUUUUGAGCUUCAUCUUGCUUUUAUGGACUGAUUUUAGGUUGGAUGACGGAUUCAUUGAUCGAAUUUUUGCUUGUCCUAAAGUUUUUUUUUAUUAGAAUUUUUGUAAUUAAUCUGUAAAUGCAUAACAGUAAAGCUCUAACUUUGCAUGAUUAGUGUGCCUUAAUUUGUGAUCCGCCAUGUUGAACUGU